GCGGGGUGGGCGUAAAUCGAAACCGGGGGCAUUUCUGGUCUCCUUUUACGGUCGGGUCAGUCCCAUCCGAGAACCUGCCGGUCCGGUUUUGGGACGAGCGCGCCCGUGUUUGCCGACAACAAGCCGACGGACCUCGGCGGUCGGGAGAUGUUUGCUUUUGGGGGCGAGACCCGAUAAAGACGUGACGCUAACGGGGGUCGUCGUUUAUGCAGCUGCAACAGUGACAUUUUUUUUUUUUCCCACGACUUUUUCCAGUACAUCACAGACUUUUUUUUUUAAUGUUAUCCAUUUUCCUUCUCUUUUUUCCCCUACAGGAAUUUUUAGGUGUGAAGUUAUGCUACGUAUAAUGUGUAAGCAACGCGUAUUUUAGCCCCGGGGACUGGCGGGGGUCCACCGUAUCUUGGCGAGUCCCAAUUCGGCGCUAAGUGUAAUACCGCGUUGUGCCACAACAUGGCAGGCAGCACUGAGGUGGACUGCAAGCCACGCAGCGUGAUUAAGAGAAAGAAGAAGAGGCAGAGCGGGUGCAGUAAUCCACGCUGCCACAAAUACUGCAUUGGCCUGCGAGUAUUGUUUGUGUUCGGCAGUCUGGUGUGGAUCCUGGUGGCGUCCACCCGGGUGUACCCGGACAACCCCCUGGGCUGGGUCAUGUUCGUGUCCGUCUUCUGCUGCCUCUUCACCACGCUGUGGUUCUUCUUCUCCCUGUGCGGAGCCAAUCAGAGCGACGUCUGGCCGGCCCUGGAUACGGGCUACCAUUUCUUGGCGGCGGUGUUCUACCUGAGCGCCUCGGUGAUCCUGGCCUACGUGACCGUGCUCAAGGGCUGGGGCGUGACCGUGGACUCCAGGGGGGUCGUGAACCUGGUGCCCCUCGUCGGCGAAGGCCUGAAGAUCUACAGGCUGGACAUCGCCGCCGUGGUGAUGUCACACGUGUCGACGCUGCUCUACUUCCUGCACGCCAUCUUCUCCGCCAUCCGAUGGAAGAGGGCCUGAAAUGGACGCCGAAGAUUUGCCUCAAUCUCAACGCAGAACCACUAAUUCAUAUCUUUUUUUUUGUAAUAAUAAUAAUCAUUUCCCUUUUGCGAGGCGCUUAUCCUCACAAGGGUCGCCGAAGACUAUCCCAGCUGACUUCGGCCGAACGCCGGACUACACGUAAUUCUAAAGAUGGUUAUUAUUUUAUUAUACUAUUUUUAUAUCGCCGUUACAGACGAGUUACAAAAGGCACACGACUGAACGAGCGGCAAACAAACGGAAUGUCACGUGUCACUAAUCAAAUCCAAACAUAUUACCAAAAUAUUGGUCAUCCAAAAGGCGCAGCAUCUUCAUUUUGUUCUCGCCGCCAAAAUUUUGUCAGAUUUGAGUCGGAAAAAGAAAAAAAAAAAAAAUCACUAUUUUGUUGAAUAUCCCAAAAAAUAAGACCAAGCAUCAUUUAAAAUGUUUUGACAGUUGAAAUGAUCUUUUUUUUUAAAAUGAAACAUUGAAAAAAAACAAUAAAAAUAUAUUUUUCUGAUUUAAAAAAAAAUGUUGGAAAUGAAAUGGGGAGGAGGGAGGGGCGUUCCAUUUUGGACACUAUUAGUAUUCCACAUCUGCCAAAUUGAAGGAGUCCAGUUCAAAUGGAGUCAAAUAUGAUUUUACUUUUUGUCACAUAUUAACAAAAUGUCACAAAAAUAUAAACCAAAAUCCACAAAAUGCCGAAACUUUUGUGUAAAUUUAAGAUUUUUUGCACUGUACAUCCACCGUGAACCAACUGAAAAUAAAUCAUUCAUUUGUCAAAAUUCCAAUAAAAUGUCUUAAAUUUUGUAACAACUUUUCACAUUUUAACACCCCACCCCCCCAAAAAAAAAAAAAAAUCCCAAAAACUCAUGCCACAGCCACUUUGUUAUGUGGGCUAAAAUCUACAAAAGUAAAAAAAAAUCUAACCAGUUUUUGCUCCAAUAUUUCACAUUUAUAAUGCAGAGUGUCCAACAAUUUCAUUUUUUUGGUAUGAUUUUCCGGUAAAUUCUGAUGCAAACACACUGAUUUUAUUUUAUUUUAUUUUUUUUAAAUUGAUGAAAUCUUAAAUGUCUCCAAUCUUGCUUUCUGGUGACUUUUGGUGAAGUUUCGGUUUUUAUCAUUUUCUGUUUACAAGCAACAUGGAAAACAUUCGCAAGCUUUGAUUUCUUUCUUUUUUUUUUAAAUGGUUUUAAAGGAUCGGACUCGAUAUGUCGCUUAUGGGCGAAUGUUCCCACGUGAUUGAUUGUCAUUUGUAUAAUUUCACUUUACGGCUAUAUUUACAAAACCACAACGUGAAAUAAAGUAAUAAGUAGACUUCAAAAUCGUCUGUGGACUAUUUAUGACCAUGAUAAGUUGGGAAAAUGUAACGCGUCAUACGUCGAAAUGUUUUUAAACAGAAGAGAAGACGAGCGCGUCGAAGAAAGGCGCUUCGGUAGAACUCGUGAAACUUUGUUUCUCUGGAACCGGAAAAAGGAGCAGGAGUCCGAACCAGU